UUGGCCUGAAGGAGACACUGUUUCAUUGGUGACCCUUGUCUCUUUCUAGCUGAUUGCAACCCACGUCAUGCCCAAGUACAUUGUAUCUGGAGAAGGAGGUAUUAUUGUGAUUUCAGGUACCGGCUUACCUGGCAGCGUGCUCAAGCGUCAUGUAUCCGGCACCCACAUCGCCCGUGAGCACCAUCACCAUCACAAGCAUGUUCAUAUCCACAAGCAUAUCCGUAAGCGGAUAGAAAGCAAAGAUGUCGAGGGAACUGUCGACAUCAGGGCCUUCCUUGGCGGUCACAAGCUCGCCUCACUCGUUAUAGGAGCUGAUCCUUUGACGCGUGCUUCCUUCGUGUUCAGCGCGACCAACAUGAGUGCAACCCCAAUGUAUCUCCGUGUCAACCCUCAUGCGCCUCCUAUUUCCGGCAACCCUGACACCAAGACGGUCUCGCUCCGCAUGCCCAUCUUUCAGCGGAACAAUGUUUCUACCGUGGAUUACUGUGCCCAGUUCGACCCUCAGCCCACCAAACCGUCGCCUCUGACGGCAGAGCCUUGUGUUGCCAACUCUACCCUUCAUUCAUCCCAAGAAUUUGCCUACACCCCUUCCACAGGCACCGUUCGGCCUUUAUGGUCGAGCGCUACGUUUCCCGCUGAUUCUCCGCCGCUUGAGCGAAGUGUCAACUGCGAGGGGCCUCCCUCCGUCCAAUUCAACAAUAUGAAUGCUACCAAGCCUGACAAUACCACUUCAGUUAUAAACCCCUCCGCCAUCGUCCGGAAUGUUACGCUCUAUUUCACUGCUCUUGAUGUCGCUGGUGAGGUUUACGCCCUUGAGGAACCCAUCUUCGAUUCCGAUUCGAACAACACGCGCAAUGACGCAUCCUAUUCCCCUACGCCAACUAGCUUCGCUAAUGUCCCAACGUCAUCAAUGGCUCACAACUAUGCUACCAACCAAGGAUCUUACGCCCAGCUUCCUCAGCCUCUCAAUCCCGUCGCCUCAUCCCUUCCUGCUAUCACACUGGAGCAGGCGCCAACUAGUGGCACAACACCAUUGCCAACUGUCACUCCUGCUGUAGCUUCAAGUAUUCCUACUAUCCCCGCUGUGAGCGCGUAUGAGUGGAUGUUCACUCCUGAUGAAUGAUAUCGCUCUUCACGCUCCCGCAGUUACUGUUUCGUAUCUAUUUCGAGAUAUUCGGUUCUGUUUCUGGUUUAUAUCUCUUCCCAAUAUGUAUCAUUAUUCGACCCUAUAUGAUUUGGGAUAUUUGCUCCAGGAUGUGCC